UUGCAGUGGUCAACAGCGAAAGGACAUAAUCUGUAUGGAAGUGAAAAACUGCAAACCCUAUAUGUUGCGUGGACCAUUGGCAAGCUCUUGAGGAAAGUUCCCGUAGAGUUGAUGCAGCGUAAAUGGCCCUCUGCAUAUCCCGAAUUCAAAAAGGAACUUGACCAGCCUAACACUUCUUGGAAGAAAUUGCGAGAUCUCCUUCUUCGACUGGAAUGUGGAAUGAGACGCACUCUUUUCUUACCGCAGUGGUGGAACAGUCUUGGCCAUACUAGACUUACUCGGACUACCGUCGAAGACAGGGACCGCAUGAUGAGAGAAGCUCAAAGACGGAAAAAAGAAGAAAGAGAAGCAAUAGACGUAGAAGAUGAGGAUAUAAUCAUUGUGAAGCAUUCAAAAUUGCCUCAUGGUGUUAGCAGAGAACUGACUAGAAUGCGGGAUGAAAAAUAUCGUCUCUAUGGCAAAGGGGCAUUGGGUGGGUGGAUGUGGAUUUCACGCACACUCGUCAGGAAGAUCCUUGAUGAUCCACCUUCGUUUGUCAUUGGAAAACAACGGCAAGACAGGGUAUGA